CGUAAUGACGUAAGAGGACGCAAAGAUUCUCCCACCCUUAUCUCCGUUUCCUAGGAAACGUGGACUCCGCGUUCAACUCCCCGUCGCUGCCCCCUUGACGUCACGGUCCGGACAGGAGGGCGGGGCGAGUGCUACCGCCAGGGGCGGGGCGGCGCGGGCCGGCCGGGCUGGGCACCUGCGCCUCGGCGGUCCGCCUGGGGCAUCAUCCCCGGCCCGCCUGGCCCCGCCAUGGCCAGGCCGCAGAGGACUCCGGCACGCAGUCCCGACAGCAUCGUCGAGGUGAAGAGCAAAUUUGAUGCCGAGUUCCGACGCUUCGCGCUGCCCCGCGCUUCGGUGAGCGGCUUCCAAGAGUUCUCUCGGUUGCUGCGUGCGGUACACCAGAUCCCGGGCCUGGACGUGCUGCUUGGCUAUACGGAUGCUCACGGCAACCUACUGCCCCUCACCAACGACGACAGCCUGCACCGGGCCCUGGCCAGUGGGCCCCCGCCGCUGCGCCUGCUAGUGCAGAAGCGGGAAGCUGAUUCCAGUGGCCUGGCCUUUGCCUCCAACUCUCUGCAGCGGCGCAAGAAAGGGCUCCUACUUCGGCCAGUGGCACCCCUGCGCACGCGGCCACCCCUGCUAAUCAGCCUGCCACAAGAUUUCCGCCAGGUUUCUUCAGUCAUAGAUGUGGACCUACUGCCUGAGACCCACCGACGGGUGCGGCUGCAUAAGCAUGGUUCCGACCGCCCCCUGGGUUUCUACAUCCGAGAUGGCAUGAGUGUGCGCGUAGCUCCCCAGGGCCUGGAACGGGUUCCAGGCAUCUUCAUCUCCCGCCUGGUACGAGGGGGCCUGGCUGAGAGUACAGGGCUGCUGGCAGUCAGUGAUGAGAUCCUCGAGGUCAAUGGCAUUGAGGUAGCUGGGAAGACCUUGGACCAAGUGACGGACAUGAUGGUCGCGAACAGCCACAACCUCAUUGUCACCGUCAAGCCAGCUAAUCAGCGCAAUAAUGUGGUGCGUGGGGCAUCUGGGUGUCUGACAGGGCCUCCUUCUGCCGGGCCUGGGCCUGCUGAGCCUGAUAGCGACGAUGACAGCAGUGAUCUGAUCAUUGAGAACCGCGAGCCUCCCUGUUCCAACGGGCUGUCUCAGGGGCCUCCAUGCUGGGACCUGCGCCCAAGCCGCCUACUUCCUGAUGCCCGCAGCUCUCUGCACUCCCUGGAUGAUCAGGAGCAGGCCAGCUCUGGCUGGGGGAGUAGCAUUCAAGGAGAUGGUAGUGGCUUCAGCCUCUGACAGGCAAAGAUGCAGCCCCUUGCCCUUCCAGGCAGCUGGGACAUGGCAGGGACUUCCCCAGUGGGGUUUUUUAGCUUGCUCAUGGGGCCCUCUCAGUCUGGGGAACAUUAAAGGUUUUCUACAAAUGCAGUUAUGGUCCUUCUGUUUCCCAGCCCUAG